AUGGCCGCAAACAAGAAAGUCCUCAUCGUCCUUUCCGACGCAUCUUCGUUUCCUCUCUACAACACGGGUAGUGAUGGAAAGACCGUCUCUCAAGACUCUGGUUACUUCCUUAUGGAGCUAGCAAAGCCUCUUCAGAAGAUUCUCGACGCCGGCUACGAAGUCACAUUCGCCUCACCAGAGGGCAAGGAACCCACACCCGACCCACUCAGCGUAUCUCUCGCUGCUUUCGCCGGAAACUACUAUGAGAAGCAAAGAGAGCUGGAUCUGAUCGAGCGUAUGAAGAAGGAGAAUGGCUUUUCGCGACCGAAGAAGUUUUCCGAGAUCAGCGAUGAUGAAUUGAAGAACUACAGCGGUGUCUUCAUCCCCGGUGGUCAUGCUCCCUUGUCCGACCUGGGUGACAACCCCGAGCUAGGCCGUAUACUCACACACUUCCACACUUCAUCAAAGCCGACGGCCGCAAUCUGUCACGGACCCUGGGCCUUCCUUUCUACCAAGUACGGGCCUAGCAAGAAGUUUGAGUACUCUGGCUACAAGAUGACGAGCUGGUCGGAUGCCGAGGAGAAACUUAUGGAGACUGUUUUCAGGGGCGAAAUUGACAAGGUGGAGGGUACGUUGAGGCAAGAGGGGGCGGAUAUGCAGGAGGGCAUCGCCAAAUCCAUGGGAAGCAUCACCGUAGACAGGGAGCUUGUUACUGGGGACAACCCGAUGGCGGCGAAUGCGCUUGGAGACAAGUUUUUGGAGAUGUUGGCUGCUAAAUAG